UGUAACCGAAAAUUGCGCCCAAAUAUUUUUUUAAACGUGUUUUAAUUGUUUAAAAUCGAAAUUGGUCACGUUCUGGCACCACUGACUGUCAAUCCGAAUGUCAACAAGUUUCAAACAAUCUCGAAUAAAAUCAUGAAAAAAACGGGAAAUAAAUGGUUAGGUUUGUCGCUUGACUUGGAAAACGGGGCCCAGAAUGGCCAUCCCCCCAAACCUGCAAUCCCUUCGAAAAACGGCACUUCGGACCUGUCCCCAGUGCCUAAAAAACGCAGCUUUAACUUUCACCAACGCCUGGCGCCGAAAACGGUGCCCGACUUGGCCGUUCAUUCGAAAAAAAUCGCCGAAGUCGAGCACUGGUUACAAAACAACGUCUGUGAUAAUAAAAACAAUUCUCCGAAUGCGAAAUUCUUGUUGAUUUCGGGGCCCCCAGGGUCGGGCAAAUCAAUCACCAUUCAGGUUUUGUGCAAAAAAUUAUCAAUUGAUAUAACUGAAUGGGUGAACCCCCUAGACCAGGAUUUUGAGGUUUGUCGGGGGGCGAAUCAAGUGACCCGGUUCGUUGAGUUUUUGACCGAAUCCAAAUGGAAUUCUUUAUUUUCCACAGGCAACAAAAAAGUGAUUUUAGUUGAGGAGUUUCCAAACACGUUUUUGAGGAAUUGUGACGAGUUUGGGCCAGUUUUAGAGGAGUGUUACUACAAGGGGAAUUACCCGGUUAUUUUCGUGUGUACGGACACUUUCGAUAAUAAAAUUAAUCUAAGCGAGAAAUUAUUUAGUGAGGACGUAAGGGUUAAGUAUAAAAUUGCGACGAUUAGUUUCAACGGUUGCGCCCCAACUUUGAUGAAGAGUGCCCUGAAAAGGGCCCAAAACCUCGUGCAGGGGAAUCCCGAUUUAUUUAAAAUUCCGUCUCAAAGUACAGUCACUGCCAUCAUUUCCACAGCCAUGGGCGACUUGAAAUGCGCCCUAAAUCAGUAUUAUUUUGCCGCCCUUUUAGGAACUUCAGACCUGCCAACGAUCCAAACCCAAAAAUCGGGCACCAAACGCAAACGUGAUUCGUCCACUUCGAUUCAAAUAAUGUCACGUGACGAAAAUUUGGGCCUUUUUCACGCCCUUGGCCGCGUUUUGAACCCGAAGUUGGGCGAAAAUGGCCGACUUGCGUGCGAUUUUGACCGAUUGGUCAACGAAUUCACAACACAGCCUGGGCUUUUCACAGGGUUUUUGUUCGAAAAUUACUUGAAAUAUUUUGGGGAUUUGGUGGAUGCCAGUCAAGGCAGUGAGAAUUUGAGUUUGGGUCAAACAUUUCUAGAAAAGUUGGUCGAUCGACAUGAUAUUCUCGACUAUGCGAUUUGGGUCUCCGUCUUGGGCUUGAUGGUACAUAAUGGGCAUAAGGUGUCGCGAUGGAACCAAAUCAAGGGCCCCACCAAGGUGCAAAAGGUUGUGCCAAAUCGCGAGGUUUCAGUGACUGAUCUUUAUUACUACAACGUGAUUAACAAUAAGACUAAUUCGGGCUUUGUAUUGUCGUGAUUAAUAAAUUUGAAUUUGGCGCCUUA